GUGUAUGUGUAUGUGCUCGGGAAAGGACCCUACCCCACCCAACCCAGAGGCAUCUAACCCGGCUGAAGGAACGCCCAUAGCCGAGUCCAGAUUCUCGGAUGCUAAUGUGGUUAGAUGUAGCCGGAGCCCUGGCGAUGCUCACGUUGGCCGGGAGCCCCAGAAAUCCUCGCAGGGCUCCCUGACAGUUUGGGACCUGAUCCUCUUCCUGAGACCUUGAAACUUCGGCAGGUCGUUAGCAUGGGGACACAGGAUAAGGAGGAAAAGGGUUUGUACUCUCAGGAUGUCUGACUCGGACGGGGCUGUUCAAACUUCAGGAAAGCCUGGAAGUGUGCCUUAUAUGAAUGCAUCAGGCGGAGAAGUGAAAAUCUCGAAAGCCCAGCAGGAUGUGAAGCCCAGAGAUGAGCAGUAACUACUGCAACAACGCGUCAUUGAGCAUGAGUGUCAACGAGGUGUCCACCUUUCCUCUCACUCUGGAACAAAAAACCGGCUUUGCCUUCGUGGGGAUCCUGUGUGUCUUUUUGGGACUUCUGAUUAUCAGAUGCUUCAAAAUCUUAUUAGACCCUUAUAGCAGUAUGCCAUCCUCCACAUGGGAGGAUGAGGUGGAAGGGCUGGAUAAGGGGACGUUUGAAUAUGCGCUUGCAUGAAAUACUCCAAAAA